UGGAAAAUCUUUCAUAAAAUUGAGUGGACAGUGGACACUCCCCUUUACAUAUAAAUAGUACAUUGUCAAUAAAUAGUAAAUAAAAAAUUGAGCAGUUACAAUGAUUUUUUUGACAUGUCAAAGAUAUUAAAAAAACCGGCUAAGUAAAAAAAUUAUAAAUAAACAAGUUUAAUAUAUACAUAAACAAUUAAAAAUGAAUACAAAAGAAAAAGACAGUAAAACAUUUAAUGAUAAAUUGAAGCAAUUUUUUCGCAUCAACAAAGGUAAUUAUAAAAGCCGUGAAGAUGUAUCACUUACUCCAGAUAUUGUAAAAUUAAUAUCAAAAGAAAUGCCAAUUAAUCAACGAACAAAAGCAAUUAAAGAUCUUUGUGAAUCAAUAUUAAAUGACUCAUGGGAAGAGAAAUCAGCUGAAAGAUUAUGGAUUGAAAUUCAUGAUUUAUUAUCAAUAAAUAUAGCAAAAGAACAUAGACAUAUUGUUCUUAAUUUUUUGUGUUGUUUGAUACAAGGACAAUACAGUAAAUUAUCACCAGCAAUGAGAGUAAAAUUUUUUUUAUUCAUCAAAGAACAUGAUGUACCAGAUGACAUUGGUCCAAGAUUGGAGCUGUUGCAAAAAUUAACAGACAAUGGAAAAGAUAUAACUCAUAUGGAAGAAAGAAUUGGUCCAUUUUUAUUAGAAUGGAUGACAACAGUUAAUGGAAUGGAUGGUAAAAGAGGUGCUGAAUUUUUAUCAUUACUUGUUAAUGUUAUAAAAUAUAAUUCAGCAUUUAUUGAUGAAGAAAUAAUAUCUGGUCUUGUUUCUUACAUAUGUGAAUUAUGUUAUUAUAGUAAUAAUGAAAAAGUUGUUGAAGGUUGUUUACAUAUACUUGAAACAAUUGUUGGUUAUAAUAUUAAUUUACAAACAGAUUCAUUACAAACAUUUAUAACAGCAUUAUGUCGUGCUGUUAAUGUUGAAAGUUAUUGUCAAAUAAGUUGGGAUAUUAUGAGAAAGCUACUUGGUACAUAUAUGGGAUACUCAGCAAUAUAUACAAUGUGCAAAUUAUUACAAGAUCCAUAUUAUCAAAAUGACAUUAGAAUGUUACGUGGUGCUGUGUUUUUUGUUAAUAUGGGUCUAUGGGGUACACAUAAAAUUCAAAAAUUAGAUUGUAAACCAAAUUCUGUAUUACCAUCAUUUAUAAUUGCACUUAAAUGUAAUCAUCCAAUUGUUAUGUAUGAAGUUACACUUGCUGUACAACGUCUUGUUACAAAAUAUGGUGAAAAUACACUUGAACCAACAUGGAGUAUAAUACUUGAAAUAAUUGAUAAUAUUAUUAAUCAUACAAUAACAAGUAAUCAAUUAGCAACAAAACAAGUAUCAUCAUGUUUACAUGAAACAAUAAAUACCAUUGAAACAUUACUUGAUACAUCAAAAUACAAUGGUAAUGUACAAAAAUUUUAUCAACUUAUUGAAAAAUGUUCUGAUUCACGUUCUGAAUUAUCAAUAUUAAAAUUAAUUGAUUAUAAAUCAACUCAAAUUGGUCCAACAUAUUAUAAAUGGAAUACAAAAUUAGCAAAUAUUAUGGAACGUUUUUUUAAAAUUGAAACACGUACAAAUAUACGUAUUAAAGUACUUGAUGUAUUAAGUAAAAUAAUAAUAAUAAAUAGAUCAAGAUAUGAAGAUGAACUAAUUGAUAGAAUAAUUGUACCAUAUUUUCAAAAUAUUGAUACUGAUAAUGAUAUUAAUGUACGUAAUGUAACAGCAAAUUUAUUAAUUGAUAUAUGUUAUGAAUGUGAAACAAAAAGAUGUCUUGAAUUACUUGAUAUAUUAGAAAAAAUAAUAAAUAAACCAUUUUUAAAUGAUGUAUCAAUAUCAAAUGAUGCUGAUAUUAAAGAUGUUAAAACAGCUGUUGUUGGUAUUAUAAAUAUAUUAUCGAAAAAAAUUUAUUUAUUACCAUCAAAUCAUGCAUUACGUGCAUAUAAAAUAUUAGUUAAUUAUCUUGAUCAACAUUAUAAAGAUCAAAAAAUAUUUCGUAAUGUAUCAACAAUAAGAUAUUUAAUAUUUGAUUGUUUUUUAAAAAUACGUGCAAAUACAACUUAUCAUUUGGGUUUACCAAAUAAAAAUGGUGUUAUUAAUUAUUACAGUCCAUAUUUAAUAUUAGAAAAUGUACCAAUGACAAGUGGUGGUAGUGGUGGUGGUGCUAGUAAUAGUAAUAGUAAUAUUACUAAUAAUGAACAACAACAACAACAACAACGUAGUGGUAAUAAUUCACCACCACCACCAUCAAGUCCAUCACCAAUGCAAUAUACAUCAUGUCCAAUAACACAUUUAUCAUUGGCACAUGCAUGUAAAGCAGUUAUAUCAUGUAUUAAAUAUGAAAGAGAUUGGAAAGUAUUACAAUUAAUACUCAAAGAAAUGCCAACUGUUAUGGAAAAUCGUGCAUUAAUAUUAACACGUAAUAGUAAUGAUAUUGAUUAUCUUGCAUCAGCAUUAUGUGCAAUGGUUAGUGAUAAACAAUUACGUUUACCAGAAACAUUAUAUAAUGUACCAAUAAAAUUUACAUUAUCAGAUUUUCGUAUACAUAUAUUUCCAAUAAUAUCAUCACUAGCAUCAUAUCAUGCAUUUAUUGAGCCAAAUUUACAACAACGUAUUAUAAAAUGUCUUGAGCUUGGUUUAACAACAAAAUGUGCUAGUCAAUGUGUUACUAGUUUAACAACAUGUACAUUAGAAAUGCGUGAUGCAAUGAGUAAGCUUGUAUCUGAAGUUGUAUUAAAUUUAUCAAAAAUAUCAGCAACAAUACAUAUUGCAAUACCAAUACUAGAAUUUUUAUCAACACUUGCUAGAUUACCAAAAGUAUAUGCUAGUUUUAUUGAAAAUCAAUAUAUGUCGGUAUUUGCAAUAUUAUUACCAUAUACAAAUCCAUUUAAAUAUAAUCAUUAUACAGUAUCACUUGCACAUCAUGUUAUUGCUGUAUGGUUUUUAAAAUGUCGUUUACCAUUUCGUCGUGAUUUUGUUAAAUUUAUAACAACUGGAUUAAAAGCAAAUGUAUUGGUACCAUUUGAAGAGGGUAUUAGACAAGAAGGAUAUUUAUUAAAAACAGAUAUUAGUUUAUAUAAUGAAGAUUCAUCAAAUCGUAAAAGAAGUUCAAGUUUAACUGAACAAGGUAGUAGAGGUAGACGUGAAAGACCAAUAAUGCCAAAUAGAAUAAUUGGUGAUUUAAAACCACCAAUUGAUGAGGCAUUAAUGACAUUUCAUGUUGAAUUAACUAAAACAUGUAUUGAUUUAAUGGCUAGAUAUACAUUUUCAACAUACACUGCAAGACCAAAACGUUUACCAACUGCUGAUUUUUUAUUAAAAGAAGGACAAUCAAUGACAUGGUUACUUGGUAAUCGUUUAAUAACAAUAACAACAAGUGGAUGUUGUAAUAAAACAAUGAGAGGUAAUCUAUGUGAUAAUUGUUGGAUUACAUGUAAAAAUAUAUCAUCAUCAUCAUCAUCAUCAACAACAUCUGAUUAUCGUGAUAAUCGUCAUUCAACAAGUGGUAUUAUGACAAGAAGAACACCAAGUACUGAUGGUUCAAGAGAAGAAAUAAGAUUAUCUCGUCAAUCAUCUGGCGGUGGUGGUAGUGGUAAUAUUAAUAUUGUUAAUUCAAGUGGUAAUACAGCAACAAAUUCACCAACUGAAGAAAAAGAUAAAAAAUUAAUUGAUGAAAAUGAAUUUAUUAAACAAUUUGGUACAAAUAGUAAUGAUAAAGAUGAACCAAGUAAAUUAGAACAAAUAUUAUCAACAAAAAAAAUAGAGGAAUCAAUACCUUGUGCAUGUUGGUGUCAAGGAUGGGCAGAAAUAUAUGUACGUCGUCCAACAGGUGAUAUGUCAUGGAUUAUGAAAAUACAAAAUUUUUCACAAUUAGAUAUGCCAAUGGAUUUUCCAACACAUGAAAUAACAUCAUUAUAUAUGCCAACAUCAACAUCAACAGCAACAACAACAACAUCAACAGCAUCAACAACCACAACAGCAACAACAAAUAAUCGUAGUCAAGAUACAACAACAACUGAAUCACUUGAUGAUGAAAAUGAUGAACGUUCUGAUAUUAGUAUUAAUAAUAAUAGUAAUAGUAAUUUAAAUUUAUCAAGACCAAUGUUGGCUGAAAUACAAACAGCAAAUUUAAAUAAAACAAGUGGACCAAUAACAAUACCUGGAUCACCUGGUGGACGACCAAGUCCAUCACGUCAAUCAUCACGUGAUAGUAAUGAAUAUAUAAAUUAUGAUGAUAUUUAUAAUGAUAAUGAUAGUAAUAAUAAUGAUGAUAAUAAUGAUAAUAAUGAUGAAGAUGAAGACGAUGAAGAUGAUGAUGGUGAUGAUAAUAAUAAAAAACCACGUAAUCCAGUAAAACGUUCAAAAUCAAGUCCAGAAAUGGCUGCAAAUUGGAAAAAUCCAUUUUUAAAUAAAGAUAAAUUAUUAAUACAACAACAAAUUGAUAUACAAAAUCAUGAUAUUGAUAAUAAAAUUGAUUCUGAAUUAAAAAAACAUUGUAAAAAUAUAUAUACAAAAGAUAUGCGUGUUAGUUGUGAAGCAAUACCAGAAGAAAUAUCUGGUAUGGGUACAACACCACCAUCAAUUGAUACAAAAAAUACAAAUAUACGUACACAACAAUUAUAUACAAAUACAAAUACAAAUACAGUACCACAAUCACCAACAAUUAAUCAAGGAUAUAAUUAUUUAACAGUACAAAAUCGUAAUACACAAUUACAAAAACAACAACAACAACAGCCACAAUCACCAACACAAUUAUAUUCAAGAUCAAUAUCAUUAACACCAGAUGGAAAACAUAGUAGUGAUUUAAAACCACCAAUUGGUAGAAUAUAUGAUAAAAAACAAGAUGAUAUUAGUAAAAAUGAUCCAUCAACAUUACCACCAUUACCAUUUAGAGACAGGGGACAUACAAUAUCAGUUAUGUCACCAGUUAAAUCAAAACAUGAAUGGGAAAAUAAUAUUAAUAAUAUUAGACGUACAAAUCAAUUGUCAUCUUUAUCAACAGCUUCAUCAUCAUCAUCAUCUUCGUCUUCAUCAACAACUGGAGCAGCUGCAGCAGCAGCAGCAGCAGCGGCGGCAGCUACGUCAAAUCAACAACAAAAAAAUAUGAAAGACAUACCAAGAAAUGGAAUUAAUCCAAGUUUUAUAUUUUUACAACUUUAUCAUACACCACAUUUUGGUAUGAAUGGUGAAAAACCAUUAAUUGUACCACAAACAACAGCAAUACAACGUGCUGUUACAAAUCUUGAUCGUAUACAACCAUAUGAAACUCAUAAAAUUGGUGUACUUUAUAUUGGUCCUGGACAAGUAUCAAAUGAAAUUGAUAUACUUGCUAAUUCACAUGGUUCAUUGAGAUAUACAGAAUUUUUACAAUCACUUGGUAAAUUAGUACGAUUAAAAGAUUUAGAUGAAAGUAUAUUUCUUGGUGGUCUUGAUAGAAAUGGUGAAAAUGGUAAUUUUGCAUAUAUUUGGCAGGAUGAUGUUACACAAGUUGCAUUUCAUGUUGCAACACUUAUGCCAAAUAAAUUAAGUGAUCCAAAAUGUACAUCUAAAAAACAACAUAUUGGAAAUAAUUAUGUCAAUGUUAUAUAUAAUGAAAGUGGUGAAUUGUACAAUAUACAAACUGUUAAGGGACAAUUUAAUUAUGCUUGUGUUGUGAUUCAACCACUUGAUCAUGGUACAAAUCAAGUAACAGUACAAGCUAGAGAAGAAUUAGCAGAACAUAUUGGUCACAGUGAACCAAAAAUAAUAUCUGAUCAAAAUUUAGCAAUGUUAUCAAGACAAUUGGCACUUCAUGCUAAUCUUGCUUCAAUGGUAUCAUCAUCAUUAAAACAAAAUGGACAAAAUCCAUAUGCAUCAAAUUGGCUUGAACGAUUGCGACAUAUCAAACGUUUACGUGAACGAGUUCUUCAAGAAUCAUCAAGCACAAAUGUUGAUGGUCAAAAUGAUGAUCAUUUAACAACAAGAACAAAUAAACAAUUAUACAUGGAUGAUUUUACCGAGUAUACAACAUAAUUUUAAUAUUUAAAAUAAAUAAAAUAUAAUUUAAUAAAAAAUAAUAAUAAAAUUAUAUAAUUUUUAUUG